GCUAAUUACCAAUAAAAUGCUCAAAUGGUUUUCUUCUGAUAUUGGUUGUGCUGCACGCAGUAUUCGUAUCCUUGGUGCGUAGAAAAUUGAAGUUUCAUGAAGGUUUUAACACAAUGGGGAAGCGAUCGAUACUGUCCGUGGUCAGACUUAUCACGAUUGUAUGCUUCGUUCACUUCUAUAUCUUUCUGUGUGCAUUUGCGUACAACCAUUUUGAAGGCUUCGACGCAGACGCUCAAGCCUUCGAACAAGUAAAAACGUUCUUACUGGACGCAUAUGUCGAGAGAAAGACAAACAAGACUUUAUAUCUUCUACAGUACAAGAAAGCUGUUCGAGAAGAAGUAUAUUGGAAAGGUAGACACGAAUUUAACAGUAUUUAUAACUGUUACUUAUUCGUGUUGGCCGCUCAUACUACAUUAGGUAACCGUCGCAUGACCAUCCAGACAUGGAAGGGACAAUUAUUAUACGUAUUUUCUGCGCCUAUCGGAGUGAUAUUUUAUUACAUCAUGAUUCACACGAUCGCAAUGAGUAGCAUGAAAAUCUUGAAGGCCGCCGUCACGGCAAUCUAUCGGAUGGAAGACCGACAACUGACCGACGGUCAACGAGAAAUCUUCACGAAAGUAAAAGUAGCCAUUGCUUCUUUCCUGAUGGCUAUUGUUUUUGUGCUAAUUUUUGGGCUCAUGUCGCUUUUGGACGGCAAUACAUAUCUCAAUGAUAUAUACUACAUCACCAAUAUGCUGCUAACCAUAAACUCGUCUAUCUAUUUUAUAUUCAACGAUAGCCACGUCAACGUCGUCCUGGCAACAUCAAUCUCCUUUGUGUGUUUAUUAUUUGCGCAUCUCACUAUAUUGUCGCUUGUUCAGUUAUUUCAAACGCAUCGAUGGAGAAAACUAGCCGACUUGACAAGUGUGGAAAAUCCUGAUAGUAAACACAACUCUCACGAGGACCUCACUUUUCUUGAACGUUGGGACGAACAUGAAGAAAGCAAGUCGUUGUUUUACUGUCCCCCUAGUUUUACUAGUAGUUACAUAACUGGUCACACAUUAAAUAUGUGUAACAUCAACGGCAUGGCGGUGCAGAAAAAAAGUAGUAAAUACACAAAGUAAGGAUUAAAUAGUACCAAUAAUACACACGUUUAUUUUAGGACGUCUGACCUCAACUUUAAUAAUUUAAAAUUUAAAAGCAGGAAAUCGAUUUGUAUAGAAUAUGAAAUAUUUUUUUCAAGAUAAAAGCGAUGGCAAAAAAAUAUUUUGGUGUUAUUUAGU